CUGGCAGCUGUAGCGGGUAGAAAUGCGGCAGCCAUAGCGGGUGAAAAUGCUGCUACUGCAGCAAGUGCAAAUCGGUCAAACACAGGGACAACUGUAGCUGGUGGGAAGCCAGGACCAGCUGUAGCAGCUGUGACUGCAGGAAAGCCUGGUCUGGGGACUGUAGCUGCAGGGACACAGGGAGGUAAAGAAAGUUCUGCCCCUGCCACGGCUGUAGCGGCUGGCAGGCUGGGAGUGCAACCUGCAGCUGUAGCGGGAGGAAAGUCAGCGCCAGCUGUAGCAGGUGCAAAUCCAGGAACGGCUGUAGCAGGAGGGAAGCCUGGACUAGCUGUAGUGGGAGGAAAGCCAGGGCCGGCUGUAGCAGGAGGGAAGCCUGGACUAGCUGUAGCGGGAGGAAAGCCAGGGCCGGCUGUAGCAGGAGGGAAGCCUGGACUAGCUGUAGCGGGAGGAAAGCCAGGGCCGGCUGUAGCAGGAGGGACGGCAGGGCCAGCCGUAGCAGGUGGGACAGCAGGGUCGGCUAUAGAAGGUGCAAAGCGGGAAGAAGCUGCAGCUGCGAUUGCAGCAGCUGUAGCUUCUAUAGCAGCUGCAAGAAUGGGUGCAAAUCCGGUGGCUGUAGCUGCACAGAGUGCUACAGCCGGCUCAUCUGCUGCAAAUACACAGUCUGCUACAGCUGGGCAGUCUCGUGUAGGGCCUCACUCCGCUACAGCCGGCCCGUCUGCUACAGAUUCACGGAAUAACGUAGCCCUCGUGAAAUCUGUAGCUCCUCCGACUGCUGUAGCCCCACCAACAGCUGUAGCACACCCGAUAAAGGCACCAACACCACCACCACUAGCACCAGGGCAGAAGGUUGUAAUACGAUCAGGGGGAGUGCAACAGCAGGCUGUAGCGCAGAAACCCCCGCCUGUAGCGCAGAAGGGUGUAAUACAAGCAGGGGGGGCGCAGCAGCCUGUAGCACCGCAUGCUGCAGCCCAGCAGGCUGUAGCGCAGAAAGCAACCGCUGGGCAGGCAACAAAAGCGCCUGCUGGUGCUGUUGCCUCAAGGCCACACGCUCCCUUCCCUUCCCUGCACCCCCCAGCAGCAGCUCAGGGCUCUCAGGGAGUCACAGCGCGGUCAGUGCAGGGAAGCAACCCCCAACAGCAACACCCCCCCAGCAGGCAGCAGCUGGGGCAGCGGAGGCACAGCAGGCAGCUGCGGCAACUGGUGUGUAGCAGGCAGCAGCAGGGGCGACUGAAUCCAGGCAGGCACAAGCAGCAGCAGCAGCAGCAGCAGCAGCAGCAGCAGCAGCAGCAGCAGCAGCAGCAGCAGCAGCAGCAGCAGGUGCACCAAAGCAGCCCCAGCAGACCCAGCAGCCCCUAUCAAUCCUUGCAGCGCCGCAAAAGCAGUCACUUCCAUCCUCCACGUCGAUCUCCCUGCCCGCCAAGCCAGCAGCUCCGUUCCUUGCACGGUCCUCGUCAUUCCCGCUAG